CGGUCCAGCACGGAGCCGGGCCCCCCUGCCGCCCAGGCACCGGCACUUGCGAGCCGGGGAUGUGAGCCGUGUUCGCGGCAUGGCAGCCUCAGGGGUGCCCCGAAGAUACGACAUCCUCAUCGUCUACAGCCCGGACGCGGAGGAAUGGUGCCAGUACCUCCAGGAACUCUUCCUGUCCAGCAGGCAGGUGCGCAGCCACAAGAUGCAGCGGCACCGGCUGGGCCCCGACGCGUCCUUCUCGGCGGAGGACCUGCGCCUGUUCCUGGGCGCCCGCUGCGUGGUGGUGCUGCUGUCGGGGGACCUGGUGCAGCAUUUCUACCGGCCGGCCCUGCUGCCCCUGCUGCAGAGGGCCUUCCACCCCCCGCGCCGCGUGGUGCGCCUGCUGUGCGGGGUGCAGGGCGCCCAGGACGACUUCGUGCACUUCUUUCCCGACUGGGCCUACUGGCAGGAGCUCACCUGUGACGAUGAGCCCGAGACCUACCUGGCGGCCGUGAGGAAGGCCAUUUCAGAAGAUUCUGGCUGUGACUCAGUCACUGACACCGAGCCCGAGGACGAGAAGGGCCUUUCCUACUCCAAGCAGCUGAGUCUGCCGCAGGAGACUUCACCUGGGAACCUGAUGGUGGUGCAGCCAGAUCGCAUUCGCUGUGGGGCCGAAACCACUGUCUACGUCAUCGUGAGAUGUAGGUUGGAUGACAGGGUGUUGACAGAGGCUGAGUUUUCUCCUGAGAAUUCUCCCUCCAUCAGGGUGGAAGCCACGCUGGAGAAUGAGUACACAGUUUCUGUGAAGGCUCCUGACCUUUCAUCUGGAAAUGUUUGUCUGAAGAUAUAUUCCGGGGACUUAGUGGUGUGUGAAACCAUUAUCAGCUAUUAUACUGACAUGGAAGAAAUUGGGAAUUUAUUGUCUAAUGCUGCCAAUCCUGUGGAGUUCAUGUGUCAGGCAUUUAAAAUUGUUCCAUACAACACAGAGACCCUGGAUAAACUGCUAACAGAGUCCCUGAAGAACAACAUCCCUGCCAGUGGACUGCACCUCUUUGGAAUCAACCAGUUGGAAGAAGAAGAUAUGAUGGCGAAUCAGAGGGAUGAAGAACUGCCCACCUUGUUGCAUUUUGCUGCAAAGUAUGGGCUGAAGAACCUCACUGCCUUGCUGCUCACUUGCCCAGGAGCUCUCCAGGCAUACAGCGUGGCCAACAAGCAAGGCCACUACCCCAACACCAUCGCUGAGAAGCAUGGUUUCAGGGACCUGAGGCAGUUCAUCGACGAGUAUGUGGAGACUGUGGACAUGUUGAAGAGUCACAUUAAAGAGGAGCUGAUGCAGGGCGAGCAGGAUGACGCUGUGUACGAGUCCAUGGCCCACCUGUCCACAGACCUGCUCAUGAAGUGCUCCCUCAACCCCGGCUGCGACGAGGAGCUGUAUGAGUCCAUGGCUACCUUUGCCCCAGCAGCCACGGAAGACCUUUAUGUCGAAAUGCUUCAGGCCAGUACGUGUAAACCAGUCUCUGGAGAAGGUUGCUCUCGGCCCACUAAAGACUCUAUGAUCCGCAAGUUUUUAGAAGGCAAAAGUGUGGGAAUGGCCAGUUUGGAGAGAGAUCAGCACCAUCUUGAUGGGGAAGAAGAUGUGUAUCAUACAGUGGAUGACGAUGAGACCUUUUCUGUGGACCUGGCCAGCAGGCCCCCCGUUCCUGUGCCCAGGCCAGAGGCCAGUGCUUCUGGCUCUCACCAGCUACCUGACAAUGAACCAUAUAUUUCUAAAGUUUUUGCAGAAAGAAGUCAAGAGCGGCCUGGGAAUUUCUAUAUUUCUUCAGAGAGCAUGAGAAGAGAGCCGCCCGUGAGACCAUGGAGGGACAGGCCCCAGUCGAGCAUCUAUGACCCAUUUGCGGGGAUGAAAACGCCAGGCCAGCGGCAGCUCAUUACCCUGCAGGAGCAGGUGAAGCUAGGCAUUGUCAACGUGGACGAGGCCGUGCUGCACUUCAAAGAGUGGCAGCUCAACCAGAAGAAACGAUCCGAGUCCUUUCGCUUCCAGCAGGAAAAUCUUAAACGGCUAAGAGAUAGCAUCACCCGAAGACAGAGAGAGAAACAAAAAUCAGGAAAGCAGACAGACUUGGAGAUCACAGUCCCAAUUCGGCACUCACAGCACCUACCUGGGAAGGUGGAGUUUGGAGUCUAUGAGAGUGGCCCCAGGAAAAGCGUCUUCCCCCCAAGGACAGAGCUAAGACGCGGUGACUGGAAAACGGACAGCACCUCCAGCACAGCUAGCAGCACAAGUAACCGAUCGAGCACCCGGAGCCUUCUCAGUGUGAGCAGUGGGAUGGAGGGCGACAAUGAGGAUAAUGAAGUCCCUGAAGCCACCAGAAGUCGUAGUCCAGGGCCCUCACAAGUGGACGGGACACCCAUCGUGCCUCUGGAGAGACCCCCCAGGGUGCCUCCUCGAGCUGCCUCACAGAGGCCUCCAACCAGGGAGAUCUUCCAUCCUCCUCCACCUGUUCCACCCAGAGGUCGCUGAGUCCACCUCCUAAACCCUUCCUACUUCAGGACUUUAAGACUGCAAUUUUUAGACUGUUAGUUAUCUCUUCAUGUUGAAUUUCCUACAUGACUACUGACUUUGAGAUCCACUCUCAUUGCUGAUAUUGUUGCAGACCUGCUGGUUUGGGUGAUCUUUGAAGAAGAUAUUAUUAAGGCAGGAAGAUGUGAAAAACCAAGCACUGCAUUCACCAUUGCCAAGUAUAUUGGUCCACAUGCUUAUUUGCCAAAAGGAUAAAGACUUAAUCAGGACACUUACCUCUAAUUUCCCAUAUCAGAAACCUAACAAGAUUGAUUACAAACAUACUUUAUAAGUGAUUAUACUGCAAUGCACUUAUGUUAAGUUCUUAUGUAUUUGCUAGUUCAGCCUAAUUUCUAGAAGUGAUUAUAAGAUGUAUAAUAUUCAAGUAAGAAGAUAAGUGACCUAAUUUUUAAAUAAUUUUUCCACAUAUCUGAACAUUCUGUUUAAGUGCUAGGGCCAGUCACAUAUAACAAACUGAAGAAGACUUUAGACAGGGAUUAGUCAUUGUUCUUAUAUAGAAGGCAAAUCUGGGGUUCAUAGAAGUAUGGAACCAAGAAUCCUCAGUUGGUCAGAGAAAGACUUGUGUCUAGAAUCUGGGGUCUGCUGAUUCUAUGUCACCACAAAUUCCAUCUCCAAGAAACCAAUCCCUCUUUCCCUCAAGAAAUGUCCCAAUGUUAGAAAUUCAUCAAUAACUGACUAUUGACUUUCCACAAGUUUCUCUCUUCCAUAGCUCCCAGGCAUGGUGCUACCAAGUACCAUUUCCAGUUUGGGCAUUUAUAGUUCAGUAUGCUUUCAAACAAGUUAUGUUGCCAGGAAACCACUGGACAUGAUUAGAACCAGAAGUUUGGGAUGCCAGGAACCUCGCUUACUGCUCUGUUGCCUUUAUAGAUCUUACUUCUGGCCAUGAGGAGAGAGGAAGAUCCUUGACUUUUUCUCUGUGAGGAAUCUGAAGUGGAAGAAAGAACCAAAAAUAGAAAUAGUUAUCUGUUUUCUUACAGACUUAUUACCAGAAGGUUUGGUAAGUCUGUUUGUGCAGAAAAUGUAGAGCCUUCAAGAUGUCAUGAAUUUUGAGUUUCUGUCAUAUAAAUCUACCUUCAAACCACAGAUACUUAAGGAUGCUUCAAAAUACUGUAAAGUUAAUGUCAGAACUAUUUCUUUAAAAAUAUCAGAAAUAUGGUUGUUUCCCCUGAUAUCAUUCUUCCAUCCCAUACAGAUAUAUAGAAACCAUUUUACUAAUGAUUCAUUUCAGCACAA